AUGCAAAAAAUCAUUUUUGAUUCUAUUCGAUCACGUGUGCAAAAACAAAUAUUAUCAUCAUCAAUUAUUGCAUAUCGUUAUUCACAUACAAAACAAUCUAAUUCAUCAAUUGUUCAUGAUUUUAAUGUUAUAUCAACAUCAAUACGAAAUUCAAAUCUUUUUUCAAAUCAUUUUCAUAAAAUUUCACCAUUAUCUUGGCUUAAAACAUUAUCAAAAGAAAAAAGUGUUGGAUUAUUUCAAAUUAAUGAUUUAUCAACACCAAAUGGUUUUCAUAUUCUUGCUGAACGUGCUGUUCAAAAAUGUGAAUUAUUACUUGAUGAAUGUUUUUCAUCAUCAAGACGUAAAAUAGUUGAAAUAUUAGAUGAAAUAUCUGAUGAAAUAUGUCGUGUAGCAGAUUUAGCUGAAUUUAUUCGUAAUGUUGAUAUUGAUUUUUCAUAUAAACAAGCUGCUGAACAAGCAUAUGGUAUAUUACAUCAUCUUGUAGAAAAAAUGAAUACAAAUACAAAAUUAUAUGAACAUGCUAAACAAGCUUAUGAAUUAGGUGAAGGUGAUGAAACAGAUCAACGUGUUUUAAAAUUAUAUUUAAUUGAUUUUGAACGAUGUGGUAUUCGAUUAAAUGAACAAAAUCGUUUAAAAUAUUUACAAUUAAAUGAUGAUAUAUUACAUCUAGAAAAUCAAUUUCGACAUAAUGCACAUCGAGAAUAUAAAAUUCCCAUUAAAGAAUUACCAGAAAAGGUAAGAAUGAGAUUUCAUGAAAAAACAAUAACAAUUAAUUCUGCUCAUUCGAAUGAUGAUGAUGAAAAUCUACGUGAAUUUGUUUUUCGUAAUUAUUUUCGUUUUGACCCCGAACAAGAACAAUUACUUGAUGAAUUACUUCGUAAAAGAUAUCAAUUAGCAAAAUUAUGUGGUUAUCCAUCAUAUAGUCAUCGUGCAUUAGAUAAUACAUUAUUAAAUAAACCAGAAUAUGUUAGUAAUUAUUUAGAAGAGAUAAUGAAUGCAAUUCGACCAUUAGCUGAUAGAGAUAUACAAUUAAUGCAAAUACUUAAAAAUUCUCUUCAUCCUCAAUCAAACAAUCAAUCAGUUAGUCCUUGGGAUAUUUCAAGAUUAGAAGCAAUAUUUAAAUCAGAGAUUUUAAAAAUUAAUAUACAAGAAUAUACACCAUAUUUUUCACUUGGAGCUUGUAUGGAUGGACUUAAUAUAAUAUUCAAUAGUCUUUUCAAUGUAACGUUAAAUAAACAAGCAACAGCACCAGGAGAAAUCUGGCAUCCAUCUGUUAUAAAACUUUCAGUUGAUCAUGUGACCGAAGGAACUGUUGGAUAUAUUUAUUGUGAUUUAUUUGAACGAAAAGAUAAAAUUCCACAUGAUUGUCAUUUUACAAUUCAAUGUAGUCGACGUCUUAAGAAUGGUUCAUGGCAAUUACCAAUUGUUGUUCUACAUGUUAAUAUUCCUCCAAGUAUUGAUCCUAAUGUUCCAACACUUCUUACAUUAGGAUUGGUAGAAAAUUUAUUUCAUGAAUUUGGUCAUGCAAUGCAUUCAGCAUUAGCUCGAACACGUUAUCAACAUGCAUCUGGUACUCGAUGUCAAACUGAUAUUGCUGAAAUUCCAUCACAGUGGAUGGAAUAUUUUGUUUAUGAACCACGAGUCGUUAAAUUAUUUGCACGACAUUAUCUAACUGGUCAAAUUAUACCUGAUGAACUUCUUCAACGUCUUCAUUUAACUCAAAAUUGUUUUCAAGCAUAUCGUACUCAAGUUCAAGUAGCAUGUGCAAUGUUUGAUCAUGCAUUUCAUAGUCAAUAUCCAUUAUCACAACCUUAUGAUAAAAUUUAUUCAUCAUUAUUAACAAAAUAUACAUCAUUACCUUAUAUUUCAUCAACAUAUCCGUAUUUAAAAUUUUAUCAUUUAGUUGAUUAUGGUGCUCGUUUUUCUAGUUAUAUUAUUGCACGUUCAAUAGCAAGUAAAAUAUGGAAUGAUCAAUUUUUAAAAGAUCCUCUAUCGAAAACAACUGGUGAACAUUUUAGAAAAAAUUUUUUACAAUGGGGUGGUGAACGUGAACCAAAUGAAUUAAUAGGAAAUAUGUUUUCAUUAACAAAUAAAUUAACUAUUGAUCAUAUGACAAAAGCUAUUACAGAUGAAAUUAAAGAAAAUAUUCAAAAACGUGAUAGUUUAUUUAAAUAA